UCCGGAACCGUAAACAUCAGGAUACACUGCGAUGAACUGAACGCCGGACAAACGUGAUUCUCAGUCGGCAUUUGAAAAUGCAAUUGAUUUUAAAAUAAUUAAUACUGCUUGUCAUUCGAGGCAAUAUGGAUCUUAGUUUCCCAGAAUUUACGACAAAUGAAAAUGUUCAAAACGAUAACUUGACUUCGGCAAACUUGACACAAUCUUAUUUGUUAUUGAAGAAAAAAAUCUGCGAGACUCACGAGGUAAUUAAGCAAUACAAUGAUAAACUCAAGGAAUGUGAGCGUUUAAAGACAGAUUUAGAUGCGGCCACUAAACAAAUAAAGAAAGUUACUUGUAAUUAUAAUUCUACAUUGGCAAAGGUUAUUAAAUUGGAACUUCAAAAUACAGAGUAUAAAAAGAAUAUUGAUACGCUAACAAAUCAAAUAGAUAACUAUGUAAUAAAAGCUGCUGCUGAUCAGCAACAUAUACAACAACUCAUAUGCAAGAUAAAAGAUGUGGAGUGUCAGCAAGAUGAUAAAAUUAUGCAGUAUGACUUACAAAAGUCUUCUUUUGAAAUGAGAGUCAAAGAACUGGAGAUGGAAUUAAAAACUAUGAAAAAGAGUAGUGAAACGAAAGUUAAAAAGAUUGUAAAAAAAACUUCUAUGAGGAGCAAUGACUGUCAUAAUAGUAACAAUAUUGUCACGAAAGAUGUAGCUACCAACACUUCUAAUAGUAGCAACAUUAUCACUAAGAACGUUGCAACUAACACUUCUAAUAAUAGCAACAUUAUGACUAAAAAUGUUGCAACUAACACUUAUCAGAAUAGAAAAGAAGUAAAAAGUAUUGGAAUAAUUACGACACUUACCAAGGACGAAAUAGUACAAAAACCACAAGUUGCAGACAAGUGUCUACUAACAGAUGAAUUCUAUAAUGUAAAGGACGAUAUGUAUCCUGUAUUUUGUUCCAAAUGUGAGGUCCAUAUAAACCCCCCACCUAUCGAUAAAAUUUGUGAGAUCAUGAUGGGGUCAUGUCCAAAAUUAAUAGAAAAGAUUUCAUCUCCUCCUAAGAAACGUAUGCCCGCACCGUCGGAUGUGAAUAGAGAACACGUUAGAAUCGAGAAUCUAGCAGAUUCGCCACCACCACAUUUCCAUACCGAGAUCGUCCAUUCUGAAUUUAUUUCUCCGAAUUUUCCACCGCCGGUUCCAUUUGAUCAUUUAGACUAUUGCCGCAAUUUUUCACGAUCACCUAGUUCUAUGAGUCAAAGCGCCUCUUGCAUUAAGUCAACACCGAUCAGCAUGCCACCGGUGAGAACAAGCGCGGCUACUCAAACAAACAAAAGCGAAAACGAGUCUGGGGUCACAUUUUCGUUGCAAAACAGGAUCGACAAGCUAGAGAAGAAACUCCAGAAAAAAAUCAAGAAGCUGAAGUCUCAAAAAAGGAGAAAUUGUUGUCAGUUCAGUCAACCUCCUCCUAAUUCGCAUUAUAUGUUCGAUAUGGGUAGCGCGAUGCAGUUCAAUUUUAUGGAGCUCUGGAGGAGGAUGACAGACUUCUACCAGAACAAGGAAAGGGAGCCAGUCGUUGCACGCAGACGUAAGGAUAAGAGCUUGAACAAGUCAAAGUUAUCUCGACUAAAAGCUGCAAAAAGACUACAAAGUACAUACAGCAGAAGUUCUUGGAAGGUGGACGUGCUUCCAAAAAAAGUGGAUACAAGUUCCCCUAGAAAGAAACCUAAGAAACGAAAGCACAAAUCUUCUAUGCUUCUCAAGAAAUCGGAGGUCUCCAUGCAAAAUUCUGAUUACAUUGAAGAACCAAUUAGCGAUUCGGAUACAGACACGGCCGAUGACACGUUCGAUAACACUCCUACUAAAGCAGAUAGUACUGAAUCUAAAGAAUCAUGCAUGGACACGAUUGAUUCGACGUGCAACGAUGAUCUGAAAACGAUAACGCACUCCACUCAUUCUGGAGAUGUGGACGAAUCGAUGGCUGUAGACAGGGCGAAGAACUCAGCAGAAUGCAGCAAAUCGGCGGGAGGUGAGACCGACUCAGGAAUACUCUCAGACUCAAUUGAGUCUAACAAGUUGCAGUUCGAGGCGGACUUGGACUCAUGUUUCAUUCGGAUAAAAAAUGCGAGAGACAAGUUAGUCAUGAAAGACGUGGCGAGUUUCGCGGGAAAUUUUAAGUCAACAAGGUCUCAGUCUACUGAGACUCAGUCCACACUUUCAAAGGUGGAGGAAAUGAAUGAGAUUGAUGAAUUGGAGUUGGAAAUAUCAAAACUGAAUGAAGAGUCACAGACUCCAACGCCUAACCUCGAAAACGUUGUUAGGAGAAAGAGGAAGGUUGACGAGCUUGAGGAGCCGAAAAAACCUUGUCGUCAGGGAUUGAUGAGGAAAAUUAGGAACUUGAGGAAAAAUACUACCAAACUCCAGAGGAACAUAGUGAGAAUCCCGCGAUUAAAUUACAAAGAGAUCCAGCACUACGAGAACCAAUGCACAUUGCAAGAGGAGAAUCAUCUGGAAGAGGAGGUUGAGAAUGUUACGGCGAACGAUUAUGUUCCUAAAAAGAGACCACGAAUUGCCCACAUACCUAAAGUCAUGACAGAACAAAAUACUUGGUUAAACAAUUAUACAGAGACUAAGACACUUACAUCUAAAACUAAAAGGGGUAGGAAGCCCAAAUUUGAGACCACUAUCGUGGGUAAGACUGAAUUUAAUACAUGUACAGUGGAGGAGACAAAUAUAACACAAGAGGCACCUGAAAUAAAUCCGAAACCUGAAAUGAAUCCGAAACCUGAACUGAAUCCGAAACCUGAAAUGAAUCCAGAAUCUGAAACGAAUCCGGAAUCUGUAAUGAAUCCGAAAGUUGAAAUAAAUCUAGAAGUUGAUAAACCAGAUGAAUUGUCUGGCAAUGAAAAUGCCUGUGAUAUCUCCACUGAGUCUGUUUUCGAUAUUUCUAACUUAUUUGAGCAAUGUAAAGAAACAAGAGAAGAACUCGACAUUAGUUCGUCAGCUCGAAAAAGAACUGUCACUGGGAUUAAGAAUAAUUUAAAUUGCCAUAAAUCUUGCCAGAAUGACAGGAUCGCAGUUGUUAUUCCAAACGGUUUUAGCGUAUCUGAGGAGGGAACUCAACAAUUUAUAGGAAAUAAUCAAUCAUUCGAUUCUAAUUCAUUAGUGAACAAUCUUCAUAUAGCGUGGAAAGUUAACAACAAUAGGGAUAAAAGCUUGAAUUCGAAAUCCUCGAUCGAGAUACUGAAACAAUUAAAUGCCGAGAAAAAGUCUUUGGAUAAGCGCCAUAAGAAACAAUUUAAAAAUUUAGCAUGCAUCCGUUUAGUAACAGAUGAGUUUGUAACAAGACAAUUGCAGAGGCUUGUAAAUAGUGAAUGGGAGAACACUGUGCAUUGGGACGUGAUUGAGAAACUAAAAAUCACGCGCACAACGCCCCGUAUCAUAGCAAAAAAUGUAGUAGAAUUUUUAACCAUAGAAGAACACUGCAAAGAGAAAUUAGAUAACAGUUACACACCACCCGCACCUUUGAUGACAAAAACACAGCAAAAGAUCGCGGCAUUGUUGGUUGACUUGGAGAAAGUAUUUCCGACGACUAUUCAACUAGUUCAGGUUGGCAUCGAGUACAAAAUGUUUAAACUUAAUCAGAAACAAUUGCAGAGAUCAGUUGUCGAUUCGCUUGCUAGGAUAUACACGAUUUUAGCACGCAUUCAGAAAGACAGAGAAAGAGUAAGGAUAUUCUGUUGCGAUGCUAUUUAUUGUUUAGGGCUUAAUGCAACCAUUGUUUUGUACACAGUAUUCACUUGUUGGCCAGAGGUAUUUCCAUGUAAUGAAACCAACAAAGAUGUUUUACCAAAAUGUAUUGCACAUCUUACAAUGUCAUUAACCGCCUCCGAUUACCCUAAGCUAAACGGAUUGAAGAACUUGGUAUCGGUGUAUUACAAGUAUCCGACCGGAACAUUGUCUAGUGACAUGUUGGAUACAUUACUGACAGCUUUCCAGGAGACAUGUCACAACAACAUAAUGAUCGCCAUCGCGCUUUUAGCGAAGAAGGAGAGUACGGCGUGGACGUACAAAAAUAUAAUUAAGGGUGCCUUGUUGCCCAUGAUCAUUAAUAAAAAAUGCUCGAACCAGUACAAAGCGUUCUCCUUACUGGGUAGUCUGAUGCGACCAUUUCCUACAAAUGACGACGAUAAUUCAGUGGGUGAGAUUGUGGAGCAACUAUGUGCCCUAAAUGACUCCAAUGAAGGGUCGCAUGAUCAACAAGAGGGUGUGAUAUCGGCGUUACUGAGUUUGUCAAGGCACAAUUUCGAGACGAUCCUACCGAACGUACUAAAAUGGACCCCUAAUGCACUCCUUCAUGAUCGAACUGUGGAUCAGAUCAAUGGUCUGUAUAAUCAACGUGAUCCAGCUUUCUGGAGGAGGUACAUAUCCAUAUACGAGAAGAAACGUAAACAAAGUGAAUCGUGACGUGUAGUAUCUUCGUCGUUGAAAAAACAGAUCAUGUGAUAUUCAUUAAGUAACUAAUUAUUGUGUAUAUACUUUCCCAUUGUUUUACUUUAAUCGUUCAUUCAUAGCUUGCUUGUUAAUUUCUUAUGCGCGAUAAGAUUCAAAACGAAUUAUUAGUUUUGACAAUGUUAAUGAUUUACCGACAGCCACUUUAGUAUAAUUCCGUUGAGUAUCGUUGAUUAAAGUGCCCAAUACGAAACUUACCAGAGUAACCUCUUUUUAAGAUAACAAUACUAACGGAUUACGUAGACACUAAUUUAACUUGACAUGUUUCGAUUGAGUCAACCCGAGAAUGUUAGUACGCGUGAAAUACUAACAACUUUGGUAAACCAAAGAAGAUACUUAUCGUGCAAUCGAAGCAUUCUGUCGGUACAUGUAAGUUUCUGUACGUCGUGAAUGUGCUAUAAUUUAAUUUAAUUUUUUAUUUUCACGAGAAAAGUGUCGGAUAGCUUAAAAGAGUCAUUUUGUUAUCGAAUAAAGUGAAAAAUUGAUUUUCUA